UAUAAUCAUCACAAUACAGUUUCUAAUCAAUGUUGUUGAUGCUCUUAACAAUCAGUAUAUUGAAAGUCUUUUACCAGAAUGAGAGAUUUCUAUUGUUUCCCAGAAAAACAUUAAAGGAACACUAGAUUGUUGGGAAUACAAACAUAUAUUCCUGACACUAUAUUUCUAAAACCGCUGUUUAGGUGACUGGCUCCCCUUGCCCCCUGUUAAAAAGUUUAUUUACUCACCCCUUUUAUAGCGCUGCACCGGUCUUGUAGUGGCUGGCUCCACACUGCUCUGCCUCCUUGGCUAUCUCAUAUCUUGGCAAACUUGACUAUCUCAGCCAAUCUAAUGACUUUCCCAUAGGAAAGCAUUGGGAGACUAUUGCACAUGCGCAGCAAAACGUCAUGCUGCACCAAACAGCAUCUCCUUAUAGUAAAGCAUUGAAUCAAUGCAUCUCUGAGGAGUGUUCAGCAUCAACUUGCAGACCUUGAAGCCGCUGAACUUCCGUGCUCUGCAGUGUGCAGCACUGACCUAGGAAGCAUCUUUCGUGGCUGAGUGACGGUCACUAAAGGGUUAUUAGGCAGCCUGCAGCGACAUUCUGUAGACACUAGGACAACUACAUUUUGCUGUCAUUGUUUUGGUGACUAUAGUGUCCCUUUAAAUCAUGAAAUUCAGUUUCAAAACUAAUUUUAAAUGUGUGAAUUGUGAGGAAAUAAAUGAAUGUAAUACUGUAAUACUUUUCCCUCUCUUCCACAGUUUCACAUGGUAAUGUGCAUUGUGUAUAUUUUCCUUGCACUGCUGUGGUUUAUCUGGUCUGCCUGCUAUUGGAAAGAUCUGCUGAGAAUUCAGUUUUGGAUAGCGGCGGUAAUUUUUCUUGGAAUGCUGGAGAAAGCAGUUUACUAUGCAGAAUAUCAAAACACUAACCACACAGGAGUCUCCAGUGAGUUCCAGUGAGGAUUUUUAUACACCUUAUACUGUGAUCCUUCAAUACAGUGUUAUAAGCUGUGGCCCUUCAUCUUUUCUUUCCUUAGCACAUGGACUGCUGAUCUUUGCAGAAUUGGUUUCUGCGGUAAAAAGAACUUUGGCUCGGCUGCUGGUGACCAUUGUAAGUCUUGGAUACGGCAUAGUGAAGUAAGUGAAUUCUGCUAUAUACUCCUAAAACACAAUUCAUAUUCAAAUAAGGAAUAUUUUUGCUUCUGUAGUACAAUAUUUCAAUAUUUUUUAUUUAUUUUUUUUAGAUUUAAUGACUGUAAUGUAAUCCACAUUUUGUGUUCAUCGGAUGAAUGGGUUGCUCUUAUUUUGGUACCAUCUUUCUGCAUUAUAAAGACGGCCUACUUAAAAUUUUACAAUAUAUUUAUUUUAAUGCUUUCAAAAUUGCCAAAAAUAUGAAAAAUAAAUAAUCGCAUACAUUUUUAGGUGAGCCUGCUUGCACCUGUAGGCAGACCCCUCCCCACACCAGGAUGAAUCACUUCAGUCAGCAAGUUCUCAUUCUGCCCUACAGGGAUUGAGCUUAUCCCAUAAUACCUUGUCCAGUGGUGGUUGAUGGAAUACGUAUUUUAUCCCCAAUGAGCAAUUCCAUUAAUCACAGAGGAUGGUUGGAACGAUUUAUUAAACUGGUGGCAGCUGACAGUCAAAUCAAGAACUCAGGGGUACUCUAACACCAUGCGUUUAGCAGUAAUGCAAAGUGUUUAUAGGGCUUAGGCUGACUCUUUAAGACCGUAAGUAUGUGCCUAUAUUACAUUUAUGUAAUAUGUGACUCAAGGCACUAAUUGUAUUUUUGGGUCAAUCGUGGAUACAAUAAUUAUUUUAUUUAUAUAGCGCCAGCAAAACUCCACAGCGCUGUACAAUAGCACCCCAACAAGUUGACAUAAACAAUACUUAACUGGAUACUAUGCACACCAGAAAAAAAACAAACCGCAAAACAUAAGCCUCAGAAUUACUGACACUGAAUAUAUACACAUCAAAUAAACAGUAACCGUCUUAUCAGGUCACCCAACAAUAUAUAUGGUACCAUUUAAAAAAAUGUUUGUUUGUUUUUUUGGUGAUAUUCUGCCCACCCCUUAAGUAUUCAUUAGUAUGAGUGAUGUAGUUCAAAAUCACCGCAGCUACAAAGAAAUCCAAUGUUUUGGCUGGUUGUAUAGUGGAAGAAGCUUAAAUAUGCAAACAUGUUAUCUCUUAUAUAAGAUUUCAGUGUCAGUAUGUUGUUUGUGAUUUUUUUUUAUUUUUAUGCUCAGACCUCGUUUAGGAGCACUCAUGCAUCGUGUGGUUGGAAUGGGCAUUCUUUACCUGAUAUUUGCAACUAUUGAAGCAGUGAUGCGUGUUACUGGGGUAAUUAUGCUCUUCAUUACUAGUCUUCAUACAUAGUUCUUAUUUGCUUGAUUGUACAGGCAGCUCAUACUUUAUAACACCAUCAUGCGCAGUUAGUGAAACCAGCAGUGCAGUUAUUCCCACAUAAUGCUUCACCUCUGUGAUGUUUAGUGUUCCCAGACUUGGGCAGAACUGGGAUAGAAGUCUGCAUGGAAUUAGGAGUACAGCGCUACGGAAUUUGUUGGCGCUAUAUAAAUAAUAAAAUAAUAAUAAUAAUAAUCCUCAACAACAACAGCCAUUAUUUUAAUUCAACUUGUUCUUGUGGCGACUCCACUGUCCCCCAAAAGUUUAAAUAAUCAUGAUUUUGCAUUAUGCAUUUACGCAUGGAUUUUGUUUCAUUGGGGGUACAACUAAAAAAAAUCUUGUAAAAGCUGGAGCUCUCCCCAUCUAACCCCAACCAGAUUUUAUUUUGUCCAGUAACAGACUUCCCAAUGCAGCUUAGUGAGAAGUCUUUGCAUUGCAGGUGCUCUGGGCAAUUGCUGCCUCUUGAGCUUAGUUCCACUGAGCCGAACAACAAGGAAAUAAAGGGACCAAUUGUUUGUCAGCCAGAAGGAUGUUACAAGGUUAAUUUAUAAAAGUGCCUAUUUUUUAAAUUUGCACUUCUUGUAAAUCUACAAACAUUUAUAUUUGAAAACAUGACCUGCCUUUUGAAGGAACUAGUCAUGUUAUAUAUUGCACAAAAUCUGUAAGUCUUUUUAAGAUAACCUGAUGGUGUGUUUUUUACUUUUUAUUUUGUUACAGACCAAAGAGUCGGAUUUGGUUUUAUUGGCCAGUAUUCCUUUGGCGCUGCUGGACUCAGCCUUGUGCUGGUGGAUAUCCUUUAAUAGCUUAAAAACAUUACAUUUACAUAGUUUUGAUUAGCUUGCAUCACAGUUAAAGGUCUUUGUCCUUCUAUUCUGUAGAAAUGUUUCAACACCCUAUACCACAGUUUUUUCAGAAUAAUUGGAAAUCUUAAAACUGAUGUUUUAAAUUAAUGUAAGUUACAGAACAGUUUGUGGAAAAUUUAAUUUCCAUUAAAUACACCAAAACAAAACAACUUUAGCUUAAUGAAGUAGUUUUGCUGUAUAGAUUAGUCUCUUUGCCAUUUAGGAGUUAAAUCACUUUGGUUUUGGUUUAUGCAGACCUAGCCACAUUUGACUGUGUCUCACAUGGCCUCCAUGAAAAAAAUGGUCUAAUUUUCAACCAGAUCUUAGAACACAGUGUGUUUUUAUUUAGAAGUUCUUAUCUACUGCUCUGUUAAUUGAACAUUUUUUUUUAAUCAUACUCAUCAGGCUGUGGAGGCUCUAGCAGGCAAUUAAAAGAGCAAGAGACAAUACAUUCUAAAUUAAACAUACUGUGCAGUAAGGGAAGCUACAAAUUUAGACUCUUUCAGGAAGUGUGUAGGGACAAUCUGUGAGUCUCAGCCAGGGGGAUUGUGAUUGGGUCUGCAUAAACAAAAUUAUUUAUCUCCCAAAUGGCAAAUAAUUGAGCAGGGAGACGGCAGGAUCAUGAUCUGUACACCAAAACCAUUUCAAUAAGCUAAAUUGUAAUUGGUGAUUUGUGUCUCUUUAAUUAGAGAAACUUCUUAAAACUGCAUAAGUACAAGCCAAAGUUAAAUUUCCUGUAGCUUUUCUGUAUAGUGUUUCAUAAUGUCUUCACUUAAUUUCUAAAGGACUUCAACAAAUGUCCCUUUAACACCAUGUCAGUGGAAGCUUAUUUUGAUUGAUUUUCUUUAUAGCACGACACACUUUAGACGCUUCCAAGAAAAUACAUUGUGUUGGAUUUUGUUUUUGUGACUAUUUUAUUUUUAUGGGUAGUUCUGAAUUUAUUUUGCUGUUUGUGUUAGAGCAAAUGGUUGCUCUCAUGGCUGAAUUCAGAAAAUAAUUUAAUGUGAGCUCCGAGGUUUAAAAAACAGGGUUUGACCAGUAGAAGUCUACUAAUAGAUGCUAACUAAAAUAGGUAAUUUUUUCCAUUUUAAAAUAUCUAACUCAAAUCAUGAAAAUUGAGGAUGGGGGGAGGGGGGGGGGGCGGGUGUGUGUAUAUAAACAAAAGAUACAAUCCAGCGCACUCGCUUAUUCACUAAACAGUGAUUUGAAAUCUCACAGAUUGUAAUAGUUUUAUUGAAAAACACCUCACCUAGGCAAAAAAUAAUGGGGGUUAAGUUACAUUAUACGAGCAUAUAUUGCAUAAGCCUGCCACAAUGUCAAUGUACCCCAUUCUUGGCAGGUCCUACUGUAGCAGCCUAAUGCCUGCCCUAAUGAGAUCAAUCGACUUGGAAACUACUUCCUCCUGGGACUCUCUGCAAGUCCAGGCUAAAUAGGAUCCUGGAAUGAGCCACCUAUGAUAGGGAGGGGUGCAAAACCAAGGAGUUGACCUGGACUCUCAAAUAUAUAAAUGCUAGAAUAGGACAUGCCAAGAAUAGGGUACAUUAACGUUGUCAGGUUUAUGCAAUAUAUGUGUGUGUUUAAAUACAACUACUACAAUCUGUGAGAUUUGAAAUCAUUGUUUAGUGAAUAAGCGAGUGCGCUGGAUUCUGUAUUUUGUAUGUUGUAUAUAUUGACCCCAGCAGCACCUUGUAUUGUAUUGUAUUCUUGUUCAGGUGAGUGCAGUCCUGCAGUCUUGGUAUGUAUGUAUGUAUGUAUAUAUAUAUAUAUAUAUGUGUGUGUGUGUGUAUAUAUAUAUUAUAUUUCUAUUGCAUAUUUUCAAAACUACAGUAUUUUGGGAGUUGUAGAAUGAUGUGUGUGUGUGUGUGUGUGUGUGUGUGUGUACAGAUAUCUGUUUGUGUAUAGAAAUCUGUAAUUUGCUUCCUGUAUUGUGAAACUGUAACGUUUAUGAGAAUAUUAAUGUUUAUUUAAUUCAAUUAAGAGUUCAGAGUAAUUUUCCUUAGUUUCCUCAUACAUAUUUGUAAGUCUUGCACAGACUAUGAAAACCCUGAAGUUAAGAAAGAAUACUGUAAAAUAUUCACUUUAUAGACACUUUACCAAUACCCUAAUUUUUGCUGUUAUAGGUAAGAUUUUGAUAUUUUUUUUCUGUUUUUGAUACUUAGUUUUUAUUAAGAUUUUUUUAACGUCUUAUUAUUGUAUAAUUAUUUGUUUUUUUCAUUUUAGCUUCUGUAAUAUUUAUGGCAUGGACGACAAAAACCUUCAGAUUAUCAAAUUGUCCAACUGUGAGUAUAAUUACUUUUUUUGUGUUGCUUUGCCCACAUAUCUCACAAAUAUAUGAAAUAUUGCGUGGGUACUUUGUAGAAGUUGAGUUGGUUUAAAUAGUAUUUGGUUGCAAAAUAAGUGAGUGUUUAGGAGUGUGGAUUCCCAAAUGCUUUACAUUUCAGAUACAGAGGUGAUUAUCGAUUAAGUAACAGUCUUCUACAUUUUUUUACAAAGUCAUGCACCUAGUGUUGACCUUUAUUAAAUGUAAUCCGCUUCUUUUACACAAUAUAUCAAAUAAAACAGAAAUUUAGUUUGAAUGCAUUGUCUUUUCAAAUGCUUUCCAUUUCCUUUCCCUAUAAAAUUACAGCACACAAUUCAGUUGUGUUUUUGCAUUUUAUUUAUUAUUCUAGUUAACUGUUUCAGGAGCAGAUGGAAUAUCGGGUUGCUAUAAUGUCACAAUUCUUAAAAAACAGUUUUUCUAAGAUGGCCACAAAAAUAACAAGGACAUCCCACGUGUAUUCUACCCUUCUGUCUUGGUUAUAUAUUUAGUGCUUCCUUGGGACAGAUCAGCUAAUGGCCUCAUGUGUACACAUUGCCAUGACUCCAGUCCUGCAUUAAAAAUAUCCCUCUUCCUUCCUGUACUCGUAGGAAUAGGAGGACCCUUCUCCCAUUUAUAUAUAUUUUCCUCCUUUGCCAUCCCUCCCUCAACUUCACAUUUAAUUUGUCUCAUUGUGGGCAUUUCAUUUCUCAUUCUCUGUUCUUAUUUCAGACAUCUGUCCUCCAGGACCUGAUCAGUCUUAUUUCCCCCAUCAGCCUUUAUUUGCUUCUGUAUUCCAGUUUUGCACUGAUGUUCCUAAAGCUUUAAAGCAUUCACUCCCUCAAAUGUCACCCUGUCUCCAUCCUUUGUAAUCUAUGCCUCUGACUUAUCUUUUAUCAUAUUUUCUCUGUUUUAUCUACUCCCUGUACCUCUUCUCAUUCAAUCUCUCCCUCCUUUUUCCACUUUCAUCCUCAGUCCAUAUCUAUCAAUCCUGUUGUGCUUUUUUUUUUAUUUUAUUUUUUCCUCCUGCAUUCUAUAUAUCCCCUGUCUUCAUGCAACACAUUCCAUUUGCAGAUAUCAUUCAGUGACUUCUACCAUCAGGAAGCCUCCCAUUCUGUCUCUUCAUUUCCCUUUUGCCCCUUGAUUUUACCUCCCUUAUCUUGGGAUCUACCUUUUUGAGGGUGCCCAUAAGGAAGACCCCAAGAUGUUGUAGAGCUACAACUCCCUUGAUGCUUUGCUGCAUGCCUUUAAAAUGAUAAAUCAUCAUGCAAGCUGUACUUUUGAAACAUCUGGGGAGCUACCUGUAGGACACUCCUGCUCUAACUUAACCAGGCUCAGCCAUUCACCUCUGACAUCCCAUCGCUUCAGUCUCAUUGUAACCAAUUCUAUUUUUGGGCAAUACACCUUUACUGGCUGUAAGACUGCUUUCAUGCACUCAAAAAUAGUCAGGAAAAGUAGGCUCUUUGAUACAUGUACAGUGAGUGAAUUAUUGCUGAGGAGUGGGGAAGUAAGGUAUGUGGCUGAGCAAACGUUAAGAACAAUUUAUUAAGAACAAAAAACCCAAAUACCUUGCUGGUGGUCAAACAUUGAGUGAAGGCCACAUGCAAAAUAGCAGUUGGACAAAGCUGUGUUAGGAGAAUAUUAUACAUACUGAAUAUUUAAAAAAAAAUGACUAUAAGGAAAUUAAUGCCUAUUCACUUUUCACAUGUGAUGUUAACGGUCAUCUGGUUAUUUUUUUUUUGUCUUAACUUUUGAUUUAUUUUUUUCAUUAUAAUCUAUUCUAGGACUGGAUGGAGCUUUGGGUGGAUGAUGCUUUCUGGAGAUUGCUGUUUUCUGUUCUCUUGCUUGUUAUUAUGUUUCUUUGGAGACCUUCAGCAAAUAACCAGAGGUAAAGACUUGGUUUAUUUCUUCUGCUGGAGCAUGCUACUACUAAAAUACACUUUGUAACUGUAUUAAAUCACUGUUGAUAAAGCCAUUAGGACACUAACCAUUAUUUAAUUAUUUUUACACUAAAAUAAACCUGAUUCAGUUGCAUAUCACGCUUCCAUUAUUAUAAGUAGUAGUAGUAUUUUUAUUUAAUUUUUUCUGUAUUUGAUCCAUUAUUUAUAUGUACAUUCCGCGGAUGUCGGGGGGAGCUCUGAUUAGAGCAGCCAAAUGUUCCAAAGACAAUACGUAUCGAAGAGGCUUAUGGGCACCCCUACCCUGUCCCAUUUGUUGAAUGAAAUGUGUGAGACGUUAACCCAACAGUUGACACAACCAGUGAUGGCUUUAUUAUAUAGUGCUAAUAUGUUUUAUAUAAAAUCCUCUGGAAAAGCAAAAGCUUGAUGGACUAUCAGACUUGGACCCCCAUCCAAGUCUGUCAAAAGCUUUCAGCUUCUACUGAUAGUAGGAGGCUCCCCCCCACCACACACACUCUUCCUUGUAUUGUCCGAACCACUACAACCUAUAACAAAUAAGACGUGAUCAUUCAAGAUUAAACAAGGUAAAAUCUCCUUAACAGGGUUUGCAAGAAUUGUUGUGUACAGUCAAUAUUUAAAAGUGAAUUGGGUCCAGUGUUCGUGCUCUCCGUCGCAGGGGGCUUUAUAAUAUUAUAUUUGCCAGGAUUUUGUCCGAAGGUGGAGCUUGUUUGUGAUUUGUGCUUUUGAAUAAUGUAGUCAAGUGAGGGAAGAGAACCUUAAAAAAAAAACUGUUUGUUUGUAGUACAAAUUUGAUAAUCCAUCUGGUCCAGGUAACCUGUAGGUAGGGAGUGUAGAGAUGACCUUUUCUACCUCCUCCUCUGUGAUAUCAUUGCUUAGAAAUGUUUUUGAGCAGUAGACAGAUGGCAGGGACACACCUGCAUUUUAGUCAAUCAUGUGUUGAUCUGCUUGGCUUAUAUUUGGCCUACAAGAGUUUUGCCAUCCCUGUAAUAAAUCAGUUAACUGCUUCUGGACAUAUUUGUUGUGCUUUUUGCUAAGAUCAGUGUUUCACAAACAGGUCCUUAACCCUAGCUUUACUAGUCAUUCUCGUUGGAAAAGGAUUUGGAAAUCCAUAAACCCUAAACUAUUACAGUUCCAUAGGGAUUGGUUUGCAAACUGCUCAUUUUUAAAUUGCCAAUGGCUUGUUACAAGUAGUCAACUAAUCUUCUCUGACCAAGAUAGACCAAUUCUAGAGAGUGAGCCAAAUCCUAUGAAACUGAUAACCACUGUGCAGCAUGUUUCCAUUCCCUUGUUGGUACAAUAGAUGGGUUUUACCACAGAACUGCAUCAAUUAAUGUAUAUCCCAUUUUCAACACAUGAAUCACAGGAGAAUCUUCAGCCUUGAGUGCAAAUGUCACUGUUUUACUGCACUUUUUUUUUUUUUAAUUAUAGGUUUUUAUUGUCAAAAAAAACGCAUAUUACAGAGUAGGUAAUAGCCAUAAGUAGGAAAUACAUGGUUUGAAAUAACUGGUUUGAAAUAUUGAAAGAAGGUUACACGUGUUGGGUAUAAGUUUAAGUCUGUGCCGUCCCGAGUGGUCGGGGGUUGUGACUGUUCAGGAUAAACGAAGUGGGGAGGGGGGGGUUCGUCGUCUAGUCCCUUUGGGUCUUGUCAUUGAGCGUGGGUCUAUCACUUGACCCUUUAUAGGGUAUGUGUCUGGUCUUCCCAAGGCUAAUUCGUCGUGCCCAGAGCGGGCUUGGCUUGUCUCAUUAUUGGGGUAGUCAAGCUCUCGUUCUACAAGUGUGAGCUGUGUGAAACUCCGUGCGUACUAGUGAGAGUUACGAUGUUUAAGGAGGGUAUCUGUUGGUCCUUUGGACCGUAGAUGUGCAUCUCUUGUGCGUCUCGUCCUAUUUUCGUCAUCUAGUGCAAUCAAUGCCUGGGGUGCGUGUCAAACGGAGGGGGAAAAAAAAAAAAGGGGAUCUAGAGCUGGGGGUAGAGGAGGGUAGGUGUAUAUGGUCUCGGACAGACCGGUGCGACUGCUAGAUCAUCACGCGAUGUACGAGAUGGUGGGCUUGCUCCCUAGUGUAGUCGUAAGUAUGGAAGUGUAUUAUGGGGUCUGGUUUGACAUGUGUUUUUCCCAUGGGCUCCACACCUCCCGAAAGAGAGGGUAUGUUUGUGAUAUAGAUGCAUGUAUUUCUUCCAUGUCUUUAAUCCCGUCUACCUUCGUGAUCCAUUCUCUAAUUGUGGGGGUCUCUGGGUUUUUCCAUUUUGCGGGGAUGAGGGCAUUGGCCGCUAUAAGUAGUUGUGCUAUCAGAGUGCGCAUUGGCUUCUGUAGCGGCGUGUGCGGGAGUAAGAAGAGUAGGGCUUGGGGUGUUGUGGGAAGCGUCAGCCCCGUCACUAUCUUGACCAUUGUCAGUAUGUGGUUCCAGUAAAUUUGUAUGUUAGGGCAAUGCCACCAUAUGUGUGCUAAGGUGGCCCCCUGUUGAUGGCAUUUCCAGCACGUACCUUGGGUCUGUGGGAAUAGGUUAUGUAGUUUCGCCGGUGAGUAAUGCCAGCGGGAUAUUCUCUUGUAACCACUUUCUUGUAUCCUGUUACAAAUGGAAGUUUUGUGAAUUUGUGUAAGUAUGGUUUUCCAUUGGGGUUCUGAGAGGGUAAUGUUAAGGUCCCCCUCCCACGCCUCGGUGAACCUGGGCAUCGACUUAUUAUGGUUAGUUUGAAGAAGUUUAUAGAACGUCGAUAAGUGUUUGGUUUUAACGUUCUGUGUUGUACAAUGCAUUUCAUAGUCUGUGAGUGUGCGGGAGCCUGAUUUUAAUAUAGGGUUGGACUGUAUGAAGUGGGUCAGUUGUAUAUAAUGGAAAGUCGUCAGGGUGGACGGAUUGUCUUGUGCUGUUAGUUCGGUGAGAGGGCGGAUCGAGUUAUUGUCUAAUACUCUCCUCAACGGGAGAUAGGGCGCAGUGGCAGAGUCCUGUAAAUUUUGAUAGGCGGCCUUCUGUAGGCCCGGUGGAAAGAGUGGGUUGUGUGUGAUUGGGUAUAGAGGAGAUGGGUGUGGGGAGAUGUUCGGUAGUUUUCUUAUACGUGACCAAACCUUGAGUGUAGGGAGGAUUGUGGGAUGGGAGGCAUAGUGGGUAAGUAGCGCGGUCGUGCUAAUUCCUUGCCACGGUAUCGUGUAUAGGGGUACUGUGAAAGCCGCGCUUUCGAGUUUACCCCAUUGCCUUGCAGGGGGACUAGUGGUCCAUUCGUAGAUCCUGGAUAAUAUGGCGGCUUGAUGGUAUCUUUCCAUGUGUGGUAGGCCUAAGCCUCCGCUAGCUUUGUGUUUGGUUAAAAUUUCGUAAGGGAUCCUAGGAUGUUUAUGUGCCCAGAUGAAGGUGGUGAAAAGUCGCCGUAAUUUGGUGAAGAAUGUUUUGGGUAUAGUGAUGGGCAGGGUUUGCAGUAGGUAAAGUACUUUGGGGAGUAUUGUCAUCUUGAGGAUGUUAAUCCUACAGAGCCAAUUAAAUUGCGGUUUGUGCCAUUCGUUAAGGUCUUUAUUUAGGGAUUGGAAAAGGGGUUCGAAGUUUAGGCUGAAUGUAGAUUUUAGGUCUGCUGGAAGGUGGACUCCCAAGUAUGUGAUGGCCUUGUCAGCCCAAGCGAACUGGUAUUGGUGUCGCAAGCGUUGUUGCCUGUGGGGUUCAAGUCUGAUGGGUAAAAUUUCGCUCUUGGAAAAGUUUACUUUGAAGUUUGAUAUUGUGUUAUAGAGUGAGAUCUCGGCCAGUAGGGGCGCCAGUGAUGUGUCAGGGGCUCCUAGGGUGAAAAGCAGGUCGUCCGCGAAUGCUGCGACUUUAUAUUCUGUCUGCUGUACUACUAUGCCCUUUAUGUCCGGGUUAUCUCUGAUGCCAUUUAGGAAGGGUUCUAGAGUGAGUAUGAAUAGGAGGGGGGAUAGGUGGCACCCCUGUCUCGUACCGUUUCGAAUGUGAACAGGGUCAGACAGUUGACCGUUGAUCCGUAGCUUCGCCGUAGGGGUUGAGUAAAUGGCUUGUAGCCAUCUGGUCCAGUUAGGGCCUAUUCCCAUUGCCUUCAGGGUCGUCAGCAGUAAUACCCAAUCCACUCUAUCAAACGCCUUUUCCGCGUCGAUUGACAGUAAUAGGCUGUCUGUCUGGAGGCGUUGUGCGUGGUAUAUUAAGUUUAACAUUUUGGUGGUAUUAUGUUUGGCUUCUCGGUUUGGGACAAAUCCGGCUUGGUCCGUGUGGAUGAGUGUGUCAAGUAGUGGUCUUAGUCGGUUGGCCAGUAUUUUGGUGAAAAUUUUUAGAUCAAUAUUAAUUAGAGAGAUCGGGCGGUAACUUCCGCAGUUGGUCGGGUCUUUUCCAGGCUUUGGAAUGAGUGUAAUGUGGGCUUCUAGGGUAGAGGCGGGUAGGGAGGCGGUUAAAGCUACUGAAUUAAAGGCUUGUUGGAACGGUUCCGUCAGGUCGUCUGCGAAUGUCUUAUAAUAUUUAGCUGUGAAGCCAUCAGGGCCUGGGCUUUUCCCCAGUGGGAGUUUGUGGAAUGCAAUUCGAGUUUCUUCUGGGGUGAUUGGAGUUUCUAGUGCCUGAAGUGCGCUAGCCGGGAUGGUCUGGUGGAUUCUAGCAGCGAGAAAUGCUUCCACUUCGUGUUCAGGAGGGGGGGAUUCCCUAAGGUUGUAUAGCUCCGUGUAGAAGGUUUGGAAGGACGCUAGAAUAUCUGGUAAUUUAUGUGAUAUGUCUCCGCGUGGAGUUUUGAUUUUAGAUAUGAACGUCGUUUGGCGUUGGUUUUUUAGGGCUCGUGCUAGUAGCCGACCACUUUUUCCACUAUGGGCAUAGUAGGUGUAUUUGGUGCGAAGUAGGGAAUGUUUAACUUUUGCGUUAAGUAUAUCUCGUAACUCUGAGCGUUUGGCUAUGAGUGUCGUGUACGUAGCUAGCCUGGUAUCCCGUUUGUGUAGGUUCUCGAGAUCUCUAAUUUCGAUCGUGAGGGAGUGAAUUCUGGCUUCUCUGAGUUUUUUAAGUCGUGACGCCUUGGCUAUAAUUUCACCUCUAAGAACACACUUGUGUGCUUCCCAAACCGUGGACGGGGACGUGAGGGUCGUGGUGUUUUCGGCGAAAUAGAGUUGAAUGGAUUUUCGUAUCUCGUCUACAGUGUCCGGGAUAUUGAGUAGCAAGUCGUUGAGUUUCCAUUGGAAUGAGCGUUGUGGGAGCGUUGGGAUUCGUACGGUAAGAGACAGGGGUGCGUGGUCCGACCAUGUGAUUGGACCAUAGCUACUGGAUUGUACCAGGUGGAGGUGUCUGUGUGGUAGGAAGAACAUGUCUAGUCUUGAGUAGGUGUGUGUGGCCGGAGAGAAGAAAGAGUAGUCCCUGUCUGAGGGGUGGGAUGUACGCCAGCAGUCGUAGAGCUGUGACUUGUCUAUUAAGGUUGCAAAUUGUCUACGAGCUGAGGCCUGGUAAUGGUUGGUUCGUGAAGUUGUAUCUAGUGUCGAAUCAAGGGAGAGAUUGAAGUCUCCGCCUAGGAGGAGUAUGCCUUCUGCGAAUUGUUCUACAAUUUUGAGGUGUUGGCGUAGAGCUCGGCACUGGUGUUUAUUGGGUAAAUAUGUGUUCGCCAGUGUGACCUUUGUUUGCCCUAUUUGUCCCUUGACUAGGAGCAAUCUCCCAGAGUCAUCAGACUUGUGAGACAGGUAUACGAAGGGUACUCGGGCUGAUAUUAGGAUUGCUACGCCUCGUGCUUUGGCGUCCUUGAAGUUACUAUAAUAUCCAGUUGGGUAUCUCCGAUCUCUAAUGGUGGGGGCUUUAUCCUUCUUAAAAUGGGUCUCUUGUAGGAAAGCGAUGUCAGUUUUUAGUUUGUGUAUUUCCGUGAGUGUCAGUGAGCGCUUCUCGGGAGUAUUCAAGCCUCUCACGUUUAGCGUGGUGAUCUGUAGGGUAGCCAUGUGGGACUCCGGUUGUGGAGUAGGCUAGCACCGGUCUGCCUUGCUUCAGGGAUUGGGGGACGAGGGUAGGUGGUGGAGUGUAUCGGUGUAUUGGGGGGGUAGUAAGGGUGAACUAUAUAACUAUGUACAAGUAUAUACAUGAAGGGGUAUUGUCUACAGUUACUGUCUCUAGACACUAGGGGUGUAGACUGCUGGGGGUAUCCGUGGGUGACUCUCCUGGCAUGGUGUAUUUCCCCCCAGGAGGGCGGGUUGUCACCCUGGUUGGGUCGUUGACCCAAAAAAGGAGCCUAGUGUUCCGCCUCGAUGGCUGAGCUCGCUAGGUGUCUUUUUCCAUACACUUAGGCGUCGUCUUCUGUUAGCGGUGUAGGAGUUGGUAUGUUGGGUAUCCUCGGUCGAGUGUGUAUCCGUAUACGUGGCGUUAAAAUUCAGUAAGGGCAAUGUCAUGUGGUCGGGACAUGAGUUAGCACGUUUCGCAGCGUGUGUGAGUAUGGAGCGUGGCACCCCACUGGGGGGCAGUGUACAUUUCCGUAGUUAGUUGUAAUCUGUCGGAGGUCUGAUCGUCUCCCCGCCCAGGCCAUUGUGUGGGCGUUCAUCUUUUUUUUUUUUUCGUUUAAGAAUAGGGGCGUCUUGUCCGGGGGGGGGUGAGUCUGGUGUCUCGGUGCGACACGGUGUCAAGGGAGAGGAUAUAACACACAACAACAGUAUAACAUGUGCAUAUAACAAACAUAAUGCAAAAUCAGCACAUACAAUCAUAUACCUAUGGUGCCUUUAGGCCUUUAUAUAGGGUCGUAAUUGCAACAGUGUACUAAGAAGGACAUUCCUCAGGGGCCCCCCAGAUAUCUCCUUAAGGGGGUGGUGAUUUGGGCUGCGGUUUGUCUAUAGAGAUAGUAGCGUGGCAGGGUUCAAGCUGUAUUCUAAUGUUCCUUGCCCCAUGUAUGCCAUGUGGUUCAAUGCGUCCCUUUUCUCUCCCCCGGGAGGUCUGAGGGAGCCCAGGGGCCCGUCCUACGAUGUUGAGCCGCAGUGUAUCGCUAUCGUGAUUUUUUUUUUUUUGAUUUUUUUUUUUGAAUUUCCCCCUUGGUGUUGUUGGGUGAAGUGUUUUCAAUGGGACUGGGGCUCUAGCGGCUGUAGGGGUUGUUCUUCUCAGUUAACCUGCGAGGUCCCCGGCCUUGUCGGUGUGGGGUGCUGGUGUCGUUGGAGUCAUCCCCGUUGUCAUGGCAAGGAUAAGCGGGUGUGGGCCUCUGUAGGUUGGUGGACCCCCCCUCCUGACCCCACCGUGUCUGGGGUGGCAGGCAUAGCCCCCACGGUACCUGGGUUAUGUGGGUUUAGGGGGUAGGUGUUUAAGAAGGCGGGCCUGGGAUGCAGAGUGUGGUAUGUAUCGCUACACGCACAGCGUUGGUGCCGUGUGUUCCCUCCUUCCCACCCCUCCUGAUCCCCCGUCCCCCGAGAGUAUCUCCCUGACGAAUUCCCUCUGCUCGGGGGCAUAGCGGGGGCAGCGCUCGAGUUCCCUGUGGUUAAAAUAGCUGCACCGUCCAAAAAGGGCUGGGUGAAUAACACUAACAUCACAAAACAUAUUAAUUACAAUUAAGAACUGCCUUAGGUUAAUAGUAUUCCCCUUUGGGAUCAGAGAUUGAAUGAUAUCAACAACAGUAAAGUUUGAGUCUUGCAGAGUUUAGUCCGUGUCAUAGGGAGUAAGGUCGGACCAUCGACUGUCAGGGGCAGGGUAGAUGUGGGAGUCAGGGCUACUGGCGUGUAGCACUGCUCCAGAUACCCCUUCCCCUGCCUUCCCCCCACUGGAAGGGAGUAGAGGCCUCAUCCUCCAAGGCCUUGCGGAAGUCACUGGAGGCAUAUGGAAGUCUAGGGUGGGGUUGGUUCGGAGACUUACAGGUAGAGAGGCCUUGCUGUCAGUUGGGAGUAAUGAAAGUCUCGGUCGGGAGCAGGGGUAUACUUGCGUGUCCCAAGUGCAGGUGUUCCGAAUGUUCUCCGAGUCGGACCAUUGUAAUCCUGGAGAGGGCCAAGCAGUAUCGUAGUGGUCCGGAAGAUCGGACCCAUCGGCUUUCUCGGAGGUAAGUUCAAAAAAUUCCGGUAUAGAUGAUGUCGUGUUGGGAGGUCCUGUGGGGUGCCACUGUUGUGUCGGGUGAGAGUUGCGCCUUUAGUGUUGAAGGACAUCUCGUGCUGCUCUCUCUUCGGCUGCCGUUGGCGGUUCCGUUCUUCUCUUCCUGGGGGUGGUCUGCCAGCGAGCCCGCUGCGGUAAGGCCUGGGUGGUCUGCUGUAUGGCAGGACCAUACCAAUCCUGAAUUCUGACAUCCGGUAAGUCAAAGUCCCUCAGAAAAACGGGUAUAUCUGCCGGUGAUGAUAUGACUCUUGUGCUGCCCUUAUAUGUGGCCGUAAGGGAGAAUGGAAAGCCCCAUCGGUAUUUUACAUUGCGGGCUCGGAGUUGGUCCGUGAUUGGUUUCAUGGUUCUGCGGGCCUGAAGCGUCAGCCAGGACAGGUCCGGGUAGAUUGCUAUAGGUUGCGAGUGGAAUAGUAGUGGUUGUUGAGUUUGCCUGACUGCCAUCAUGAUGUCGUUCUUACAUUCAUAGUAGUGUAGUCGGCACACGACGUCCCUGGGUGCAUCCGUGGCGGCACUCCUAGGGCGCAAGGCCCUGUGGGUCCUGUCGAAGACAAUUUGGUCGGCCAAGUACAAGGUUGAAGAGCUCGCGGAGCACCGCUUGUAGGUCUUCCUUAUCUUGUUCCGGCAGCCCUUUCACUCUCAAGUUGUUCCGUCUCCCUCUGUUAUCCAGGUCGUCCAUAGACCUUUGCAUGUAUGAAAUUUGUUCGUUUUGGGCUUUCAUGGCAUCUUGUAGUGAUGUAAUCUGGGCUUGUAACGUGUCCCUGUCGUCCUCCAGUGCGCUCACCCGUUGCUUAGUGAGUUGGGUGUCGGCACCUAUUUUGUCUAGUUUAGUCUGGAAGGCGGCUUCAAGUUUGCCCAGCAUCUGGGCUAGAUCUCUCCUGGAUGGGAGAGCUCUUAUCAACUCCCUGAGGUCCGUGUCGGGGUUUUGGCUCGAGGCCUCUGAUCCCAGAGGACUCGAUGGAGGAGAGCCCGCUGGAGGCGAGUCGGCGCCAUAUUGGGGCCUGUGGGGUCUGGCUGUUGCUCCGUUGCAUCGCGAAAAUACUUAGGGCGCUCGAUUUCCCUGCCGGGGUCUUCCCCGAGGGGUGCUGCCCGGCAGUGGCGCGUUUAGGGUGUCCCAUGGUUGUCUGAAGCCCGAUGGCAGUGGAUUACACUUCGACGUGGAGGAGCUCAGUUAGCAAGCGUCCAUGCGGCUCGGCAGUUGGCUCCGCCCCCCUGCACUUUUGUUUUAUCUCGGUCAUUAGACAUCUUUCAGUUUGUUUUCCGGCUUUUUCCUACUUUGCAUGAUGACUGCAAAGUACUGUAAUAAUAGGGAAAGAUCUUCACAGUACAUGUGUGCAUAGACAAUUGUGUUUUAUUCACUUACAAAAAGCUGUUUUGAUGUAUGUUUGGCAUUGUCACUGAUAUGGUUUGUACAGCAUGUUUGUUGCCUUUGUUUUUUUGUGUUUUUUUUGUCCAAAGUAAAAGGUGUUGUAUUGAGGCACUGGCUUCUGUGCUUUAUAGUGCAAGACAAAAUGUGCAAGAAAUGUUCACAAUUUGUUUCUUUGCAUUCAUUCACAAUGCUAACAAAUACACUACAAUCGUGUAGUAAUUUCCUAUAAUCAGUUACUUUUUUUUUAAUAUAUAUAUUUAUUUUCAACAAAUCAGUUGUUUUUCUUAACAUAUCUAGCCAUUUUUUUCUUCAGGUACGCAUUCACCCCACUAAUGGAUGAUUCUGAUGAUGAGGUGGAAGAAUUCUUGGUAACAGACCAUUUAGGUGAUGUACAAGUGCAAAACUGUAUACAGUCUACCCCUGGCUCCCAAAUACUUUGUCAUCGAUGUUAAACUUCUCGUUGUCUUGUUUUCAUAAUAGCUGAAGGAAUGAAAUUAAGAGGAACGAAGACAGAACCCAAUGGAACAUCAAAGCCUCCUGCUACUAAUACAGUAAGUAGUUGUUCUAGAAUGUUGGUAGUUAAUAUAGUGUUAAUUUAGAAUAUUUAAAUCUGCAUCUACAAAUGUACCUGACAUCAAGUGCUCUGUUAAAUCGUAAAUCUUUCCAUUUUGUUCUCUUCCGUCCAUAAUGUCUGAAGUUUGUUCUUUGUUCUUCUUCUGCAGGAUUAUUUUGACUGCUGAAUUGUGGAUAAAUUAGCUUAGUGUCUGAAAUGAAACUUUGCUAAGCUCUGCCCUCUGCCAAAAUUAUGCCUUAUAUAAGCACCAAUAGCUCCUACUUUUAUUCAUGUAUAUAAGAGUGAUUUUAAGAAUAACUAAAAACUAAGGGAAAAAGAGGAACAUGUUAAUUUUAAAACUCUGGAAAGUGGCCGUGCCAUUUUAAUAAGACUUGGCUGGAGCUCAAACAAACUCUAGUUACAGUAUCGGGAAUGCAGGGAUUGAUUAAGUUGAUUGGUGUUGCACUCACUGUGUAACCUAUCUUCUAUAUGCAGUCCUUUUUAUGGUGGCAUAACUGGGAAACAAAUCCUGACUCAAAGCCAAAUAUUUACUGAGCUCAUCAUCGAAAGAGGUUGGAUGUUUGUUUUGUUUUUUGUUGUUGUUUUUUUUAGCUUUUAAACUUUGCUUAUGACUUUAUAUAAAGAGACCGUUUUAUUACUGUGGAGCUCUGUGAUUGAUUCAUACAGUCUGAUUUCCUGGAUAGAAAGAGUGAUUUUGGUCUUAUUGAGUCUCUGUCCCUCCCAAAGAAAAAUACUUAGAAUCCAUGGCAGGCAACACUUAUGUUCUAGCUUUGCCAUGCUGGAUGUUGCAUCUCUCCCCAUCCGUCCCAGUACACUCCCUGUAUUAUUGUCUCAUACGUUAUUUCAGUAUGCUCACAAAUGUUUCUCGCUGUCUGAUUUAAGGAUGAAGACUUGAAGUGGGUGGAAGAAAAUAUCCCGACUUCAUUUGCUGACGCGUAAUUAUGUUUUUAUUCUUGUAUACUAGUCCUUAAGUUCAUUUAAGUUUCUAGCGGUUUGCAUGCAACUUUGCACUAAUAUUUACCAUUUGUACUCACCCAGGCACUCUAAUGCUCAACAUUAUGUAUACAUCAUCUAGAAAAUAUUAUUUACGUACAAAAAACAAGUCAUGAGAUAGCUGUGGGGUUAAUGGUCAGGUUGCUUUAUCUCAUUAAUUUUGACAUGGUCAACUAAGGUUGAUAGUGAACACCACUGAGUUGGGUAAUAACUUAUAUAGGAUGAUAUAAGAAUAUUAUUUAAUUUCAUUGCAUUCACAUUACUUGAAAUGAGUUAAGUCAUCUAUAUUCUAAUGUUCUCAUUCUAUAAACCAGUGCAAUGUGACCUGCUGCUGUUGGAUGCACUAUUCUAGUUCAUGAAAUUGUUAAUAAGGGCUAGAGCCGUGACUGAUCGCUCUACUUAUGUAGCUGUAGCUAGAAGUAGAAGGUACACAAAAUAAUCCAUAAACCUUGGAUGGGCAAGAGUAGCAUUUUUAUCAAUUCAACCCCAGAGGAUUAAUGGGCAUAAGUGCUACAAGAAUGUCCAUUUGAAAUGUCUGUGAAAAUGGCUUGUAUCUUAAUAAUUUUUAUUAUUAUUUUUUUUAAAUUUGUUUUUAUAGAGCGCUUCCAGUGUUAAUGGACUCCGAUGAGGUAAUCAUUUUGGGAACAUAAAUACUUUAAGUAUUAUCAGGAAAUAUUACUUUACUGAGAGGGUAGUGGAUGCAUGGAAUAGCCUUCCAGCUGAAGUGGUAGAGGUUAACACAGUAAAGGAGUUUACGCAUGUGUGGGAUAGGUUUAAGGCCAUACUAACUAUAAGAUAAGGCCAGGGGCUAAUGAAAGUAUUUAGAAAAUUGGGCAGACUAGAUGGGCCGAAUGCUUCUUAUCUGACAUCACAUAUUUCUAUUUCUAUGACCUAUUCCAUGGGUUGGUAACCUUGGGCACUCCAGAUGUUGUGGACUACAUUUCUCCUGAUGCUUUGCCUUCAUUUUGGCUGUAAAAUAAUUAUUCGAAAUGUAGUCACAACAUCUGGGGGUGCCAAAAACUGCCUACCUCUGACCUAUUCAAUCUUUGGCAUGAAUUUCAUAUAUUUUCAUAUAUUUUGAAAAGUGCAGUUAAUAAUAAAAAACAAAACAAAAUAAAAGUAGGGGGAAAAAACAGCGUGCAAGAGAAUACAGAAAAUCGCACGUAUAGGUGGCCACUUGCUGGGUCCACGUACGUUUUUCAAGCUGGUUUCAGCUCACCUUGUGCCAAUACAGAAAGCUUAAUCCUCAGACUGACCCCAACUUAAUAGGCGGAAAAAAAAACCAAAAUGCAGGCCGGCUUCCUUUGCACGAGACAUACAGCAGCCGUAGAUGGUCCUUUCCACCUUGUUUGGCUUUGUCAGGGAGUUAUAGCAGAUUACCCCUCUAGGCACAGUGAAAUAGUGGUCAAUGUCUAUAUUACCCUUCUACCUUAGCAAGAGCGAAAAAAUAUGGUGCAAAAGAAUAUGAAGUACAACAACUGAAAUGACUUGUCCUUCGGUGGGUUCCAGCUCCGUUCUCAAGCAGGUUUAACUCAUUUUGUGUCAAUUCAGAAAGAGCCUAGUCCAUUUGCAUAUCAGACUGGGCCCAUCCAAAAAAUAAAUAAAUAAGUCUAUUUCAAAUUGGCAAAAUAAUAAAUUAUUUUUUUUUGUCCCUUAAAAGGUUGUAUAAUUUGGAGAGAGAGAUAAUAUUUUUUGUGAACAUGUGUAUUUUCGAUAAAUACAAUUUUAUGAAAAUAUUUGAAAUCUAAACACUUGUCUCAAACCUCUAAUAUUUUAAGAGAUAAUAUACCACUCAGAUCAGAUUAUAUUAUUUUUUGUAGAACUAGCAUUACAUGCAUUCCUGUGCACCAUGUGAAAAGAAGUGUGAUGUUGAAGCACUAAUAAUUCAGAAUGAUAAUGAGAAGUCUAAUUUUAUUUUAUAUUUAUUCUUUUUUUUUUUUCUCUUUUCUUUUCAGGAGAUCAUGAUGACCAAAUAUGAAAUGUCUAAAAUUGAAUGAUCUCUGGAUAGAUUGACAGAGGAAACAAAAUUGCAAACUGCUUCACUGAUUGGCCUAUGAUCUGCUAAAUUCCAUCAGUGUUGAAGAGUUUAAAAUCGAUGAUGUAUUUCAUAUUUUCGGACCAUAGAAGAUCUUCCAAAUCCUCCUCUAUCCUUCCAGAAAACUCCUGUUUUUUUAUUUUAGUGGUUUUUGUUCUGUUUUUUGGGGUUUUUUGUUUUUUUUUGUAGCCAUGCUAAUGGCAAUUCAUGGCAUGUACUUUUUAAUUUUCAGGAUUUGCGAGGUGGUGGAAGAGUUGUGACUUUGCAUGUUCCAUAAGUGGUUAAAAUAUAUUUUUAUCUAAGAUUAUCGCUACAAUAGGAAUAUGCAAUGGAUCUUGUUAUGUGUGAUGUCAAACACCCUUGUAAAGAUAAAACCUUUACUUGCAUAUACGAAUUUAAACAAAUUUAAAGAAGUCCCUUUUAUUUUGUGAGAAUCUGUGCGAAAGGACUAUUUGACUUUUUACCUGUUUGUGUUCUCUAUAACUCUGUACAUUUUAUUUGGCGUUUUCAUGCCAUAGCUGUUGCCUUAAAGAUUUCCUGUAGUUUUACAGGCAAGACAUUUUGUACCAAUCAGAUUUGGUCAGAGUGGAGUGAAUGUCACCCGUUGGGUGAAGAUUAUAAUUUGUAAUUCCUCUCCUCUCAUUCGUUUAUAAAAUAUGUUGAACUUUUUAUGUUAUUUAUGAAUAAUUAUACUAUGUGGGUUCUUUUUUUUUUUUGUGUGUGCAUAAAAUAAACUUUUUAAGUUGGUAUAUCAAAAAGUUUUACAAACAUGUACAAUCUUCCUUGCAAACGUUCAGUUUUUCUGUUUUCUAAAUGAAAAAUUAUUUGAAAGCAAUUUCAAUUUUGCAAAUAGUCAUCCUGUGUCUUUAAGUUUAUGCUCUUCAAUGACUAUACAUGGUGUUGAAUUUUGUUUUUAAUCUAAAAAGAAAAACAGUUCUUUACAAAUGCUUUAUUGCUUAUUUAUUGACUAAAAUCUCAUUUAGAUUUUUCAGUUUUUUUCCCCAUAUUUAGUUAAUGUCUACAAGAGACACAUUUUAUAGUAGUUUUUCCAGAAGGUAAUAAUGUAGUUAGAAUGGAUUAUAGCCAAGUUUGUAUUUAAUACUGGACCCAGCUCUCAUGUAAAAUGUUGUUGCAGUGUGUCCAAGCCAUCUCCUAAUGCCCGUGAGAUGUUCAGUAGGCACUUGAGACUGUCUCUUUACACAGUAAAGUGGAUUAUGAACUGCAGCUAUGAUUCCAACCAUAAACAUACUUUUUCUCCUUCUUGAAGUAAUUCACUUGCCCGAAUUGGUAAUUGGUGUUGGCUUUUGAAAAGGUCAGGCCUGUCUUUUUUUUUUUUUUUUUUACAUUAAUUCUAAUUGGCAAUGAAAUGUUUAUUAUUGCUCUAAAUGUUUAAUGUUCAAUAAUGGGACAAACACCUAGAAGCCUGCUGAAUUCAUUGCAAAUCACAUCAUCCUGAGGUGGCAGUCAAAGUGCAAUUCAGCAGUAUGUGUGUGUUUUUUAUUUUACUGUAAUUGCUGAGUAAAAGUCAGACUUAAAGGAACAGUAUGGAGUCAGGAACACAAACAUGUAUUCCUGACCCUAUAGUUUUAAAACCACCAUUUAGGUGGCUUGCUGCCACUUAGUCCACUUAGAAUGAGGUUAAAAUGUACCUUAUUUCCAUGUGCCAGCUCUCUCCCUGCCACCAAUCUGCCUCUUUGUCUUAUAUCAUCAGAAUUUAUUUCCCAUAGGUAAAGCAUUGAAUUGGCUGAGAUUGUCAAGGAGGCAGGGACAAACGCUGGCCUACCCAAUCAGCGUCUCCUCAUAGAAAUGGAUUGAAUCAAUGCAUCUCUAUGGGCAAAGUUCAGUGUCUCCAUGCAUAGAGUGGAGAGUGGAGACUCUGAACAUGCAGCACUGCCCCAGGAAAAGGCAGUGUUUAUAGUCCGUCCCUGCAGGCUUUUUGCUGUAGACACCAUAACAACUACUAAAAGCUGUAGUUGUUUUGGUGACUAUAAUGUCCGUUAUGUGUGGAUUGUGUUCUGCUUUAGGUGCUUCAAGUGUCAGUUCACAGUGUUUAGAAUGUUGUUGUGCUUGGCAGUUUUGUAACUUUGUCAUCGUUGUACAAAUGCUGCAAUAUGAACAGCAUUGAUCCCUCUAUUUUCCUAUGUUUUAAUAAUGUUGACCUGUCAAACGCUAGUGAUUUGUGAUAAGCCCUGUUUAUUUGUAUUUUAGUUAUAAUAGUGGAAAUACAGUUUGUAGAUUUAUGAGAUGUGUGAACUGAAUGCCCAUUCUAAUGUACAUUGAAUCUAGAGAAUCUUUGACUUGAAUAGGCA